UUUAACGGAAAACAAUUACUUCGCUAUUCUACGUUGUAUGACGAGUUGAUUAUUUUUCUACACUUGUUGAAAAGAAAAGAAAUUGAGAACAAACUGGGUAAUUUGAUAAAUCAGCAACUUUAAAGGAAGAGAAAAAAGAAAUGAAUAGGCUGCAGAACCUACGAAUGGUCCCGACCUUGUUCAGACGCUUCGCCAGGCGGAUAGUUGGAUGUCAGUUAAAUACUCCCUAACAGACCAAUGACAGUACAGAUGUAUUGUCACGCGACGGCGGCCAAUAUAAAUUUUCCUGAUAUCUAAUUGAUUUGGCACGUGAGUGCUUGGGCUUAUCACAUCGGAUUCAAUAAAAAGCUGGAACACUACUGUUGUAUGACGUUUCUCAAAACCUAAUAGUGAGUGAUAAGAAAAAAUAAAUGACUGAUGCAAGAUAUCGGAAGGCCUAAUUUGACCUUUGUUGAUGGACACCAAAGUGGACGGCUAUGAAGUAACCAUCAGAGAGAUUCCAGUAUGUUUUCCAUGCAAACCAUAUGGUUGCCAAUUGUCGAUGAUGACAAGGGUUAUUGAAUCGCUGGAAAACAAACAGAAUUGCCUUUUGGAGUCACCUACAGGAACUGGAAAGACUCUUUCUCUCUUGUGUGCCUCCUUAGGUUGGUUGAGGAAGAAAAAGCACGACCUGCAGAAAACUGGUAAGGAUUUGGGAAUCAUGCAUGUUUUAACUUUACUCAACAAAAUAGCUCUUAAUCUCAGUUCUAGAACUGAUGAUAAGGCCGCAGAUUUUGAUGAUAUAGAAAAUAACUCACCAUUAGAAGAUAAAGUGUCUGCCACUGAAAGUCCGAAGAUUUACUAUUGCACUAGAACUCAUAAGCAAAUAUCUCAAGUUGUUAGAGAAUUAAAGAAAACUAAGUAUAAAGAUGUAAAAAUGUCGAUUUUGAGUAGUCGAAAACAUACAUGCAUAAAUCCAGAAAUAAUCUCUACACCAAAUGUCACAGAUGCUUGUCAUAAUUUGUUACUGUCAGGUGUAUGUACUUACGAUAUACCACAGAAAAGGUCGAAUCUGUCACAUGCUAUUAAUAAACUGGACCGUUCGGGACCAUGGGAUAUUGAAGAUUUAGUACAAGCACUUACACCAGUACCAUCAUGUCCAUAUUUCUGCUCACGUUCACUAGCCAAAUCAGCAGAUAUUAUAUUUUGUCCAUACGACUAUCUUCUUGAUCCACUGAAUCGUUCUGCUACAUCACUUGAAGUGUCUAACCAUGUUAUUAUUUUGGAUGAAGCCCAUAAUAUUGAGGAUGCUUCGCGUGAAGCUGCUUCAUAUACAAUUACUGAACAUCAGUUAAACAAUACGAAAGAAGACUUGGAAGGACUAAGAAAGUUGAAUUUUGAACCUGAAGCGUGUUCUACUUUAAUCAGAAUGAUUGACGGAUUAUUGCGUGUUAUGCAGCUGACGCUAUCACGUCUUGUUAGAGUUGGCGAAACAGCUCAACCGACACAAGUCUGGACUGGGCGUGAAAUCUGUGGGCUGAUGGCUACUGUAGGCCUUGGACCGGACCAAAUAAGAGAGCAGAGUAAUGCUUUUCGAAAACUAUCUGACUCUGUUGUGGAUGGUGAAAAGGAUGAUGAUCGGUAUGGAAAUAGGAAUCGAAGUAAAGCUAAUAAUGAGCAGUUUCAGCCGAAACCAAACCAUCGUACACUCCACUUCUUAAAUGCCUUAUUCACUGUGCUAAAUUAUAUGUUCAGAGCCAAUAUGUGUCACUUAUCCGAUUAUCGAGUUGUUCUUGUUGAAACAAUGAGUUAUGAAAAACAGACCACUAAAGAGUCGAAUCUCGGCUAUCCGGAGUCUACUGAAUCAAAACUUGACUCGUGGUUCACGAAAAAAUAUCCCAAACCUUGCUUUGUAGAAAAUAAAGAGCUGUCUUUGAACUUCUGGUGUUUAAAUCCUUCUGUGGUAUUCGCCGAGCUAGCUUCUCUAGCACAUUGUGUGAUCCUUAUGAGUGGCACAUUGUCACCAUUGGAUACGCUUGAAGCUGAGUUAGGUGUAGCUUUUCCUUUACGUCUGGAAGCAGGUCAUGUGAUCGGAAGCGAUCGAUUAUUAGUGACAACUUUAUCACAUGGACCUAAUGGGACACGACUUUGUGCCACAUAUCAACAUCAGAAUACAUUUACAUUUCAAGACGAAAUUGGUUCUGUUGUAGUCAGUGCUUGUCGCUUAGUUCCAGGUGGAGUAUUGUGUUUCCUACCAUCGUAUAGUCUUCUGGACAAACUUGUUCAAAGAUGGGAGAUAACUGGAUUAUUGAAGCAAUUAAAUACAAUAAAGCAUGUUAUGAUUGAACCACGUUCAUCGGUUGGCUUAGAUGAUUGGCUACAAGAAUUUUAUUCUUUUAUAAAUCAAAGCGUUCAAAAUGACAAGUUGAGGUUGAAGAGUAAAUCACACCGUAAAAGUAAUCAUGGCACUGAUGAAAAUUCAUCAUCAUCGUAUGCACCAAAGAAAACUUCCGGUGUAGUAAAUCAAACUGGCUCAGUUAUAUUCGCUGUCUGUCGUGGUAAAGUUAGUGAAGGUUUGGAUUUUGCGGAUGCAUAUGCACGCUUAGUGAUCGCGAUCGGUAUCCCGUAUCCAGCAUUCAAAAAUCCACAAGUUCAACAAAAACGUGAAUUCAAUGAUACACUACAUAAAUCCUCGCCAGCUAAAUCAAGUUGUUCAGAUAAUCAUAUACGAUCUCCAGUUGACAAUCUUGAUUCAUCUAUAGAAAUUACGAAUGAUAUAUGUUCACCACCACAGCGUAAAAGGAAAGUGCUCAGUGGCUCUGAGUGGUAUGAUGCACAAGCCUAUAGAGCAUUAAACCAAGCCUUGGGACGAUGUAUACGGCAUGCAAAUGAUUGGGGUGCUGUCCUGUUAGCGGAUGCGCGUUUUGUUGAACAAUCAUCUCGUUAUAUGUCUGGUAUUAGUCGGUGGAUUCGAACAAGAGCAACUCAUCAUCGUUCAUGGAGUACUCUUGAAACUCAACUGCAGGCAUUUAUCGCAUCACGUGAAGCACAUGAGAAAGUCGAAAGACAAGUUGAAGAUUUAGAUGAUAUUUUCGCCUAGCACAUAUAUCUAUUUCAGAUUUGACUAGAUUUAUGCCUUUUUUUUUACUUACACGACCUUAUGUAGUAUUUUUAUAUGAAAUAUGUAGGUAAUUUUGUAAAAUAAUUUUAACUAAGUUG